AUUUUGCAAUCGACAAGCAGGCACUGAGAGGAAGUGGGGAUCUCGGUUUGCUUGCCUGAGAAUUCUCAACCUCACUCCAGAGACACUCACAACGGAGAGCUCACUGUGGAGGGAAUUUCACAGUUUCUCACGGAUUAAGGGACUGUUCGUACAAAACCUCUUCUUAUUUAUACCUGAGGAUAUCUGCGAAGACAUAGCCAACAGCAACUGAAACGGAUGUUGCCACAAAUGUUGUUGAAUCGUCAACUCAAAUGAAGGCUUCUUCAGCGACCCAAGUGCUUUGGGCAAAAAGAAAGUGUCUUGGGUUUUUCGUGGAAGAAAAACAGUACUGUCUAGUGGCUGUAGCUAUUUAUUGAAGAACACUGGUGCGACCAGUGUGCUGCAAUAACGAGUGUAUGAGUAACCACUCCAGUAACUAAUUUCGCCUGUAAAAUACGUUGAUGUUUAGCAUAAUUGGAUAGUUGGCCAGUGCCUUUCGCACGUCUGAAACGUGGUUAUCGUUUUGGGUAGCUAGCACGCUACAAAAUGAAGUUCCGCAAGCGCUAGCUAGCUGGUUAGCUUGAUGUGUCUGUUGUAUUAUUCUUAGUUAGUUAGUUAGCUAGCUAAGCUAACAACAUAGCAACAUUGAAGUUUUUACUCUUGACAUAAAAGGCGACUGCAGCGCUUCAUGAAGGGUUGUGAAUAAUUCAGGGAAAACCCAGUGCUGUGCUUCUUUUGCUGAGGACUUUGGGCUUAUCUACCAAGCUGGUUCUCGAGCCAGCGCUUGCUUAUUUCCUUUUCAAACGCCCCCUCCCCCUCCACCGUUAUACACAAACGCUAGUUAGCUCCCAAACGCUAGCUUUCUUCAAGGAAAAGGGAGGAAUUCAAUUAACACAAACCAUUACAUUACUUCACAAUAAAGGAACCGGAAACUGGCAACUUUCAUGUUUAAUGAUAUGAGAAGGGCGUGCUUGAAAUGCAAAGAGAGGUUUACUGUGUACCGUUUACCUCUGUCAACACACUUCUCUAGCUAAGUUAGUAUUAUAACUGCAGAAAGCUGUCUGCCAAGCAGCCAAAUCGCUAGCUUUCUGGUUUGUUAGCAAGGUAGCUAACGUUAGUUGGCUUCAUUGCUCAUUGCAAGUUGGGGAACGAGCAAUCGCAACACCCUCUCUGUUGUCAACCUAAGAAAAUGGAGAAGCCGUAACUUGACGUUGUCGAUGCUGUCAUUUUCGGUAUUUUCAGACGGUCUCUGACAUUCAAUAGUCGAUUGAUACUAAGACUAAACUUAUUAUCAGUUUAUUCGCAUGUUUUUUAUUAUGCACACAUAUUUAUCCAGCAAGUUAGAUAAGUAAUGUGUCGCGACGUUUUCCAUUAUUUAUGUCGUUUAGCAAGCAUUGGGCAUACAGGAAGCAGCAUCGGAGGUGAUGAAAAUACAGUUGGGCGAAACAGAGCAGUUGCUUUUUAUUUUUCUGUAACAGAAUGAAUAUUUCAUUUUAGUCAGUGAAUUUAUCACUGGAGAUGAAGCAACAUAUUGGCGCACGAGUCGUCCAUUUUCGUGUCUGAUACCAAGUGAGCUGGCUUGUUCACGUUUUAAUGUUUGUGGCGUCGCGUUUUAUUUAGCUGAUUUAGCUGUAUGUGUUUACUGUCGUCUGGAGAGCGUUUGGAUGGAUUUGCUACCAGUGUCUUUGAUGUGUUAAUCUCGUAUGGAUUUUUGUUGCAAGGGCGAUAACCCUAAUCAAGGGAAGCUCUGUAUGAAUUGCCUGACUUAACCAACCUUGCGCACCGCAGUGUUUGUUUGAAAUUGUAUUGGAUUAUUCCGCUUGUUGUGUUUUUAUUGUAAUCGUUGUCAUUUAUAUAAUCAACUUGUAGGUGGGUAAUUUUAAAAUCGUGAGGCUCCCUGGAAAAGGGGCGAGGGGCUAAAUUAUUCUCAAUUGUAUCAAAGCCCCAACGUUAUCUUCCAUUCUUUUCGAAACGGCUUGUCGGUAUUGGCCAUGCAACGUUUGCCUUUACAGUAGCUAACGGCAUCAAGCCUGCUUAACAUAGGCUACACGCGAGUUCAUAUUGUGGUUAGAUUUUAAGCCAUCGAUUUCUCUCUAAAUAUAUUUGUCUAUGUCUUACAAUGGCUGAUUUUUAAGACCCCAGCGUUCAUUGAGAAAGACAACUAAAGGCUCAGUUGGAUGCUUGACCCAAGCUCCUGACUAGCCGCUACUGGUCACGGUUGAACUGUGAUUCAAACGGACCUCACUGCACAUUCGCAUCUGUGUCCAUCCACGACAGCUUCUGGUUCUGUAUUGACUCGGUCGACCCAGGGCUGAAGAUGGCGGACCUAGAAGCAGUUCUCGCCGAUGUCAGCUAUCUGAUGGCGAUGGAGAAGAGUAAAUCUACUCCAGCCGCCCGGGCGAGUAAGAAAAUCAUCCUCCCUGAGCCCAGUAUUCGCAGUGUGAUGCAGAAGUACCUGGAGGAGCGAGAUGACCUGACCUUUGACAAAAUAUUCAACCAGAAAAUCGGUUUCUUACUCUUCAAGGAUUUCUGCUUGAAUGAGAUAGACGAGGCUGUGCCCCAGUUGAAGUUCUACGAGGAGAUUAAGGAGUAUGAGAAGCUGGACUCUGAGGAGGAGAGGCAGACACGCAGCCGACAGAUCUAUGACGGCUACAUCAUGAAGGAACUACUGUCCUGCUCACAUCCCUUCUCUAAGAAAGCUGUGGAGCAUGUCCAAACCCACUUGGCCAAGAAGCAGGUGCCGCCCAAUCUCUUCCAGCCCUACAUAGUGGAGAUAUGCGACAGCCUUCGAGGCAACAUCUUUCAGAAGUUCAUAGAAAGUGACAAGUUCACUCGCUUCUGCCAGUGGAAGAAUGUGGAGCUUAACAUCCACUUGACGAUGAAUGACUUCAGUGUGCAUCGCAUCAUUGGCCGAGGCGGCUUUGGAGAGGUGUACGGCUGCAGGAAGGCAGACACGGGCAAAAUGUAUGCCAUGAAGUGUUUGGACAAGAAGAGGAUUAAGAUGAAGCAGGGAGAGACCUUAGCCCUGAAUGAGAGGAUUAUGCUGUCACUUGUCAGCACAGGGGACUGCCCUUUCAUUGUUUGUAUGACGUACGCCUUCCAUACCCCAGAUAAGCUUUGUUUCAUCCUGGAUUUGAUGAAUGGUGGGGACCUGCACUAUCACCUCUCCCAGCACGGUGUCUUCAGUGAGAAGGAGAUGCGCUUCUACGCGGCUGAGAUCAUCCUGGGUCUGGAACAUAUGCACAACCGCUUCGUGGUCUACAGAGACCUGAAGCCUGCCAACAUCCUCUUGGACGAGCAUGGUCAUGUGCGCAUCUCUGAUUUGGGCCUGGCCUGCGAUUUCUCCAAGAAGAAGCCUCACGCCAGCGUAGGCACGCAUGGAUACAUGGCUCCCGAGGUUCUGCAGAAGGGUACAGCGUACGACAGCAGCGCUGACUGGUUUUCUCUGGGCUGCAUGCUCUUCAAACUGCUGCGAGGGCACAGUCCAUUCCGGCAGCACAAAACCAAAGACAAACACGAGAUCGACCGCAUGACGCUAACCAUGAAUGUGGAGCUACCAGACUCGUUCUCUGCGGAGUUGAAGUGUCUACUGGAGGGACUGUUACAGAGGGACGUGGUCAAGAGGCUGGGCUGCCUAGGCCGAGGGGCCUCAGAAGUGAAGGAGCAUCUAUUUUUCAAAGGUAUCGACUGGCAGCAAGUGUACCUGCAGAAGUAUUCUCCACCACUGAUUCCCCCUAGAGGUGAGGUCAAUGCUGCUGAUGCCUUUGACAUUGGCUCCUUCGACGAGGAAGACACCAAGGGCAUCAAGCUGUUGGACAGUGAUCAGGAGCUGUAUAAGAACUUCCCUCUGGUGAUCUCGGAGCGUUGGCAGCAGGAAGUGGCUGAGACGGUCUACGAGGCCGUCAACAGCGACACCGACAAGAACGAGGCACGCAAGCGGGCCAAGAACAAGCAGCUGGGCCACGAGGAGGACUACGCCCUGGGGAAGGACUGCAUUAUGCAUGGUUACAUGCUGAAGCUGGGCAACCCCUUUCUGACCCAGUGGCAGCGCAGAUACUUCUACCUGUUCCCCAAUCGCGUGGAGUGGAGAGGAGAGGGCGAGUCCAGGGACCGCCUGCUCAGUGUGUUCACAAAGUAUAAAAUGUCGCAAAACCUGCUGACCAUGGAGCAGAUACUGACGGUGGAGGAGACGCAGAUUAAGGACAAGAGGUGCAUCCUGCUCCGGAUCAAAGGGGGCAAGCAGUUUGUCCUGCAGUGUGAGAGUGACCCAGAGUUUGUCCAGUGGAAGAAGGAGCUGACCGAUGCUUUCACCGAAGCCCAGAAGCUUCUGCGCCGCGCCCCCAAGGUCAUCGGCAAAGGUCGCAGCGGAGGGGUGGUGGAGCUGUCCUCUAAGCCACCGCUCACGCACCGCAACAGCAACGGCCUGUGAGCCACACACACUCAGAGAAACGUAUUCAUACACACGGGCACACACCAUCGGACUCACACACAGACACACAUCCACUCUCAUACAAAUACAAACACACGCACUGCUCUGCUAUACCCUGCUGUGAUAUCACCAACAGGCCCAAAAGACCUCACUCUCAUACACACACACACGCACGCACACACAUAUACACACACACACACACACGCACACAGUCUAACUCCUGCUGGUGCAGAGAGGGAAUAAAAAUCCACCUGGAUAGGGCCACUGGACUGAGUUAUUUUCUCUCAUUCAUGCACACACACACACACACACACAUUCUGAGAUUUGUUAUUGGAUAAAAGGACCAGGCCUCUCCCUCAUCGGAAAGAGACCAGUCUUGAAAGGCCAUCCUCCUCGUCCUCCUCUUCACUCUUCUGCACAAAGCUCAACUCUGAUUGCUAAUUGGGCAUCUCUACAACCACGCCCUCAACCCCACCCGAUUGGGUGGCAGACUUCUGGGUGUGGCUUAUGGACAAUGUGGGUAGGGACAACUGCAUGAAUGUGCUGAAUGUGCCCCCAUCCCACCGUCUGAAGCCACAGUAGUGAUUUUCACAGACUCUCCGUAGACACACACACACACACACACACUGUCUUCAUAUCCUCAGCUGCAGUGUGCAGAUGUAGACUUAAGAGACUCUGCGACGUACGGAGAAAGACAUCACCUUCUUCUGGAAUAUACUCCAACAAUCCAGCAUGAAUCCCAGCUGGAGGGCCAGACCCAUCCAGCAGACACACACACACACACACACAGACACACACACACACACACACACACACAAGCAUGGAAUCAUUCCUGUCCUCUUUCUGUUCCCACUCCACUGCCUGUGCCAUUGAUGUAACCACAGUAACCACAGAAUGCCCGGGGCGGAACCACUUCCUCCACUGCCGACGCCCAACAGAAGAAGACACGCCCCCUGACCUUUGACACCUACACCCUCCCUGACCUUUUAAGUGUGUACCAGGACUCUGAUCCUCUCCCCCAACGCUUUCUAGGACCACACUGGUCCCCAUGGUUGCCUCAGUUCCUCUACGGGGUGCACAGAGGGACAAAGCCUGGGGAUGUGGGUGAUUGGGUGUUGCACUUGUUUUGGAGCGACGGACACACGAGCGAGACAGGGAGAGAUGAGUGAAAGGUGACUGGGUAGUAAGAAAAUAAUCAAGAGUGUUCUUACAGACACAGACAAAAUUCCAAUGGGGGACGUUUUUUUGUGAGCUUGUGUGUGUGUGUGGGCGCAUGUUUGUCUGUAUUUGUGUGUGUGUGUGUACUCACAUAGUUUUCAGAUGGGGCAAGAAAGUGAUGUGAAUAUUAAGCAGAUGGACUGUGCAACAGGAUUUGUUCCUACUCUGCCUCGAAUGUAUUUUUGCUUUCAUGUUUUUUUUUUUGUUCUUUUUUUCUAAUGAGGAUUUUGUGUCGUUGCCAUUGUGUUUUGUUUGAAGGAGACACGUCAAGCUGCUUGAUUCCUCAAAAUGAGAUGCUCCCCCCCCCCACACACACACACCCCUCCACUCACAGAAGUGCAUAAAGUGCCAACAAACAAACAUUUUACUUGAGAGCACCGACACACCCUCUCACUCGCGAGAAACACACACGCACACACACACACUCACUCCUCGCAGACUCUACCCACGAUCAAGAGGACCAGGAGUGCUAUUCUCUUUGGACACUUUUGUUUAAAAGGAUCAGAGUGGCUUUCCCUUGUUCGUUUUUUUAAUGUUCUCCCUCGUGGACGCUGUUUUAAGAUUAGGGGACCACUAGCACCAUACAGCUCCCCUGACCCCUGAUAUAACAACUAAAACCAAUUCUUUCUCUGUGCAUCUACAAUGUACUCCUGAGAUGUUUGCAUAUAUGGGGAUUUUAUCUGUCUGCCUGUCUGUGUUUUUGUGCUGGGUCCCUGCUCAAAGCAGGGGUGGGGGAGGGGGUUGUUUUAAACACAUUAUUCAAUCAGUUUUGUCCGGCGUACCUCAGGAUCAGAGAGUGUGUGCAUUUGAUCCUUCCACGCAAGUGGGUGUGUGUCCGACUGAGUGUGUCACACAGGCCAUACGGAAGCUGUUGUGUUGUUGUCAAGUGCAGUUUAUGCUGUCUGUCGUCUGUUACCACGGCCAGAGAGGGGAGGAGCUACACGCGACCAGCUGAGGGCUGUCCCUGCUUGUCAUGCGUGGGCAGACUGUUAAAAGACAGACAGACAGACAGACAGGUGUGUGUGUGUGUGUGUGUGUGUGUGUGUGUGUGUGUGUGUGUGUGUGAGAAUCAGUGUCCGUCCCAGUAACAUUUACAUCAUGAGAAUUGUGUUGCAGGGGAAGGGUUGGGGACAACUUUAGACCAUUUGUUGUAAGGCUUGUUUUGAGUAUAGUUUUAUAUAUAUUGUUUUAAUGAAUGUGAUGCAGAAUGCAGAUUUCUAUAGAUGACAUAUUUUUUGGAGUAUCUUACAUGCUUUCAGGUGUCUGCUUUUACUGAAUGGAAUAACAAGCACAGUCUGUGGAAGGCCAUGAAUUGUUUGCUUGAAAGGUUUUUGUUUUUUUGUUUGUUAUUUUCAUUUGUUUCAGGCUUUUCCAUGCAGUAAGACAAAAAUAGUUUGUAUCUUUUUUGGGGGGGGGGGGGGGUUCCAAGUCCGUGCAUUAAUCAAAAAAGAAGAGCAAACCUGAUUUGCAUGUGAUUCUGUCUUUUUCUUUGUGCAGCAACACAACUGUAGUGCAGGGAGCAUUCGGAUACUCAGUAGCCUUUAAGUGUGUGGGGACCUGCCAUCUUUGAGGAAGACAUUUCGUGACCCUAAAAGGGAAAGGGUCUUCCCAAAAAUCGACAUGGCUUGUUUGAACUUUUCGCUGCACUUUUUAAAAAAAUACAAAAAAAAAUAUCAAACCCCACUCCAGACUUGUCUAGAUGAUGCUGAUAGAAACAAACUCAAUGUGCCAAACGACUGGAGUGAAGAUGGAUGAUGAUGGUGGUGACAAUGGCGACGACGAUGAUGAUCCCAAAACCUCUUUGAAAUGUCUGUCAGUUUCCCUUGUGCGCGUCACUGCACGCUGGCAGCCCACCCCUUCGCCUGCCAUGCGGCCGGCUGCCUCUCGGCUUCUCCAUCGGUACGAGCAGACUAGGGGAAGCAGACGCGCUUUGGAAAAGGGUACAUAACUGAUCAAACCGAGAAAAAGAUUCGACCAAAUUUGGGAUGACGUGGAGCAAGCUGAGGGGGGUGGUGGGGAACCGAUCUAGGAACCUCCCCCGGCACCAAGGAGCAAGUGGUCUGGUACCACAAGUUUAUUACACGACGGAGAAAUCACAAUUGCAGUACCCCCGUCCCCUGCAUUUCUCAAAGAUGGCUGCGCCUGUAUUGAUCCCAAAUAAUCCACAAUGCUUCAGGGGUUUUCUCUCUUUGAUUUCAGUGGUAGCUGCUCAUUCUGUCCCACCGUGCUUUGCUUCAUUCGCUUGUGUGUCUGUUUCUUUAGUGGCAGUGUUUUUUUGUGUGGUGAACACAGACUUCAGAUGGGCGGCAAGGUGUGGUCAGACAAUAGAGGAAAGGCAAAUAGGAAAAAAUGAAUAACAAAUUUAAAUAUAUAUAUAUAUAUAUAUGUAUGUGUGUACAUGAAAUGACGAAACAAGCUAGAUUAUUUAAAAAACAAAAAAGACUUAAACGACGUAGAAAACAACAAAAAAAGUUUUGGGAAGGGAUCGGGUUUGAUGUCAGUUCAAAUAUUUGUGGUGAAGAAUCUGCUCAGAUGUUGCACAUAUGAAAAACAACAAAAAAAGUUUAGAUAUUGUACCUACGAAGUUCCAGAUGAUGACAACAUUUUUUUUUGUUUGUUUGUUUGUUUGUUUUUAAUACAGACAAAUGAUGCUUCUUGUUCAUAUUUAUUGUCUGUUGGGGAGCAGGGGCCUCUUGGUGCAGAAGAGUUUGAGCACAUGGGAUUGUGAAAGCGUCAGGGCGUAGGGCCUAAGACUUUCCUGGUUUAGUCAGUCAAAGUUUUUUCUUUUCUUUUUUUUUUCCUUAAGGUGCCACAGAGGAAACGCAAAUACUACUGUUUGGGGGGUUUAUCACCAUUGAGGUUAUAAUGAUAAUUAUUGAUAUUAUUAUUCAAUGAAUGAUUAUUAUUGUUAAAAUUAUUUUAAUGUUUUUUUUUUUUUUCUGAACAGCUAGGAACAUGUGGUGGACUGCUCAUACAAACAGUUCAGAAAUAAAAAAGCCCCUUUUUUGUG